AUGGGAGACAAAUCGGCCUAUAUGGGAGCUGGAGGAUAUUCGUCAGGAUAUAUGGGAGCCAAUGCUUCGUCAUUCGGUUAUGCUCGUGAAGAUUAUGCUCAAGGAGGAAGCAGUGGACGAGGACAAACAUCUGGAGGAAACACCAAUUCAGGAGCUCAAGUUUUCAAGGCUCGUACCGAUCAAUCUUGCUACAUGGGACCACCAUAA